CGGUCCCGGAUCGGAAAGACGGAAUGUUUAUCAAGUCACUGUGUUUUUGACAUUUUUUGACGGCUGUUUUUAAAACAAAGUGCUUACUUCUCAGGAGAUAGGGUCGAUCUAUAAUAAAAAAGGGUGUUAUUUUGUCUUGGCAUGCUUGUCUACCUACCAUGAUAUAAAACCAUAAUCGACAUGAUCUCAUUAAGAUAGCCAGACAUCAAUAAAGAAGUUAUGGCAACAAUGUCGAUGGUAUUAUCGCAUUUAAAUGCAUCGCUAGAUGCUUCGUCUUAUAUCAUAGCAAUGGGCAUUGUGGAUAUACUCACAUUUGGAGCACCCGUUCAGCCAGAAAGGGAGAACAAGGUACAACCACGCGGCAAAGCAAGCAAUGAACACGACUUUAACCGACAAAAGCCAGGACGAUACUUUGCACCUCCAAAGCAACCAAGAAGGGCUGCUAGUGAUCCAGGCUGGACAGCUGAAGAAAGUGUGAGAUCAUCUAGUCUAUUCAAUCGACCUGUCCCCGUUCGUGCGUGUAGCAGUCUUGAUUCGGAAUUGAAAACAAGUCCAUCAUCUGCUUUCACGUUUUGGAAGCAACAGAGGAGAGUAGGAUCGCACGAGGUCCAAUCAGAUCAUACAAGACGAAAGGUGAGCGUAUCCCAUUCAAGCUCCGAUAGUGGCUUACAUCAUUAUCAAAAGAAAAUCCUUUCUCAACAAAUGCAAAGAACGAUGCGAAUCCAACCUUACGUCAGAGCAACGAUCAUAAUUUCAUUAUUGGCUUCUUGGUUCUUUUUCAGUAUGUUUCUCACUCUUGUUAUCAAACAAGGACCAAAAAAGGCAACCUUUACUACCGCACAUAUGAUCUUUGGACCGGCACUAUAUUCCGGCAGAUUGGCAAGCUCCUAUGCUAAAAAUGGCUUGCGUGCCAUCUCCAAUUAUACCUAUACUAAGCUUUCCUCUAUCACUCCUCCUGCUUCAUGAAUGCUGUAUUCCAACCUGUAUCUUAUUUGUAUUAUAGUAUUCCACCUUUUAUUCUUGCUAAUGAAUGACAAUGAUGAGAGUUUUGAGCAUACC